GUCUGACUUUAAACCUUCACGUUGCUGUUGUGGUGGAUGUUUUUUAGUUCACUUUAGCUAGAUAGACAUCUGAAACGUCAUGGCCAAUGGUUAUAAAGAAGUGCUUUUCACACGUGGAACUGGGCAGAGUGAUGAUUCUGAUAUCUGGGACGACACUGCUUUGAUAAAGGCGUAUGAUAAGGCAGUAAUUUCCUUCAAGAAUGCCUUGAAGGGUGAGGGUAAUGCAGAACUGUCUCAAGAGGACAAACCUGGAAAGAAGCAGUCAAACAGUAAAAAGAAGAGACAUAAAAUGAAGACCAAUGUCCACCCAGAAAAAGAGUGGAAAGUUGGGGACUCGUGCUGUGCUGUUUGGUCUGAAGACGGCCAGGUCUACCCAGCCAGCAUCGUCUCCAUAGACCAGGAGAAGGGCACCUGUGUCGUAGUGUACACAGACUAUGGCAACAAGGAGGAGCAGGAACUGGCUGACCUGGUGCCUGAGUAUUCUGAAGCAGAGAGCGGGAUGCAGAGCACAGCACAGGUAAAGGAGGCUGCAUAUUCGACUGAUGAAAGCAAUGGGCCCUCCACCCCACUCCCGCCCAGACAGCAGCUCCGAUCCAAACCCAGACGAUCUCCAGGGCCACCUGCAUGGGUCCCUGGGUUCCCCCUUCCCCCGCCUCCCGGGCCGGGCUUUGGGAUGGCAGAACAAAGACCAGGACCAGCAUUCCCUCCCUGGGCUCCCAUGAUGCCCCCUGGCUGUCCUCCGAUGAUCCCUCCACCACCUCCUUUCAGCCCGGAGAGUCUGGAGGAUGACGAAGCAUUGGGCAGCAUGCUGAUCGCCUGGUACAUGAGCGGCUACCACACCGGCUAUUACCAUGGUCUGAAACAAGCUCGCAAGGACGCAGCAUCCAAAAAGAGUUCUCACCAUUAGAAGAGUCCCUGGAGACUUCUCUUUGCAAGUGUUCAUCUCUCCCGGGGAGAGCCUUGAUUACGGG